CUGCAGCAACAACACAGCUUCUUCAAGUUUCUCUGGGGGCAUUUAGACAGUGGAAAAGCCUGAGAACGCACAUACCCACUCAUCUCUUAAAGAAAAAUAAAAACAGUAGAACACAUUUCUGAACUAAACAAGACAAUGGCAAACCAAGGAAAGAGCAAUACCCAUCUGACAAGCAUCAUGGUUGAAAAUAAGUACAGCAAUGGAGAGCCUAGUUUUAAUCAAAAAUUCCAAGGUCUCAGAAGACAGGUCACAGCCAGUCAGCUAUUAGAUGCUGAAAUCAUUAAGAAGGAGCUGUUUGAUCAACUGAAUCAAGGAACAGUGACCGUUCAAGAAGUCAACAAAAUGGAUUCGGUGCAGAAGUACCUGCAAGGGACCAACAGCAUUGCAGGAGUGCUGGUGCAGUCCUCCACAGAGAAGAUGAGUAUCUACCAGGCCAUGAGGAAAGGGAUUCUGAGACCCGGCACUGCACUGGUUCUCCUGGAAGCCCAGGCCGCUACUGGAUUUCUCAUUGACCCGGUGAAGAAUAAAAAGCUGUCCGUAGAACAAGCAGUGGCUGAAGGACUGGUGGGCACAGAACUGAAAGAUAAACUCUUGUCAGCAGAGAGGGCUGUCACUGGGUACACUGAUCCUUACACUAAGAAUACAAUUUCCUUGUUCCAAGCCUUGAAGAAAGACCUGAUAGUAAAGGAUCACGGGAUACGCCUGCUGGAAGCUCAGAUCGCCACUGGGGGCAUCAUUGACCCGAUCAACAGCCACCGUGUGCCUGUGGAGGUGGCCUACAAGCGGGGAUACUUUGAUAAAGAAAUGAGUCAGAUUCUCUCUGACCCAAGCGAUGACACCAAAGGCUUUUUUGACCCCAACACUCACGAGAAUCUCACCUACUUGCAGCUGCUGGAGAGAGGUGUAAAAGAUCCAGAAACCGGACUCUGCUUACUUAGCCUGGUUAAGAAAGGAGGACAGUAUGUUUACAAUGAUGAGCAAAUGCAGAGUGCCCUCAAAUCAGCUACAACCAGCAAGGUAGCAGGGAAGUACAAGGGCCAGACAGUUUCCAUCUGGGAACUGCUGUAUUCUGAAUACAUCUCCGAGGAGAAAAGGAGAGAGCUUCUGCAGCAGUACAAGUCGGGAAGUUUGACAAUUCAGCAGUUCACAGAGACCGUCAUUACCAUGGUUGAGCAGAGUAUUAAAACAACAACCACGACAACAACAACAAAAACAACAACCACAAAAACAGAAACCGACUCACAAUUCAAAGGUCUCAGAAGACAGGUCUCAGCCAGUCAGCUAUUAGAUGCUGAAAUCAUUAAGAAGGAGCUGUUUGAUCAACUGAAUCAAGGAACAGUGACCGUUCAAGAAGUCAACAAAAUGGAAUCGGUGCAGAAGUACCUGCAAGGGACCAACAGCAUUGCAGGAGUGCUGGUGCAGUCCUCCACAGAGAAGAUGAGUAUCUACCAGGCCAUGAGGAAAGGGAUUCUGAGACCCGGCACUGCACUGGUUCUCCUGGAAGCCCAGGCCGCUACUGGAUUUCUCAUUGACCCGGUGAAGAAUAAAAAGCUGUCCGUAGAACAAGCAGUGGCUGAAGGACUGGUGGGCACAGAACUGAAAGAUAAACUCUUGUCAGCAGAGAGGGCUGUCACUGGGUACACUGAUCCUUACACUAAGAAUACAAUCUCCUUGUUCCAAGCCUUGAAGAAAGACCUGAUAGUAAAGGAUCACGGGAUACGCCUGCUGGAAGCUCAGAUCGCCACUGGGGGCAUCAUUGACCCGAUCAACAGCCACCGUGUGCCUGUGGAGGUGGCCUACAAGCGGGGAUACUUUGAUAAAGAAAUGAGUCAGAUUCUCUCUGACCCAAGCGAUGACACCAAAGGCUUUUUUGACCCCAACACUCACGAGAAUCUCACCUACUUGCAGCUGCUGGAGAGAGGUGUAAAAGAUCCAGAAACCGGACUCUGCUUACUUAGCCUGGUUAAGAAAGGAGGACAGUAUGUUUACAAUGAUGAGCAAAUGCAGAGUGCCCUCAAAUCAGCUACAACCAGCAAGGUAGCAGGGAAGUACAAGGGCCAGACAGUUUCCAUCUGGGAACUGCUGUAUUCUGAAUACAUCUCCGAGGAGAAAAGGAGAGAGCUUCUGCAGCAGUACAAGUCGGGAAGUUUGACAAUUCAGCAGUUCACAGAGACCGUCAUUACCAUGGUUGAGCAGAGUAUUAAAACAACAACCACGACAACAACAACAAAAACAACAACCACAAAAACAGAAACCGACUCACAAUUCAAAGGUCUCAGAAGACAGGUCUCAGCCAGUCAGCUAUUAGAUGCUGAAAUCAUUAAGAAGGAGCUGUUUGAUCAACUGAAUCAAGGAACAGUGACCGUUCAAGAAGUCAACAAAAUGGAAUCGGUGCAGAAGUACCUGCAAGGGACCAACAGCAUUGCAGGAGUGCUGGUGCAGUCCUCCACAGAGAAGAUGAGUAUCUACCAGGCCAUGAGGAAAGGGAUUCUGAGACCCGGCACUGCACUGGUUCUCCUGGAAGCCCAGGCCGCUACUGGAUUUCUCAUUGACCCGGUGAAGAAUAAAAAGCUGUCCGUAGAACAAGCAGUGGCUGAAGGACUGGUGGGCACAGAACUGAAAGAUAAACUCUUGUCAGCAGAGAGGGCUGUCACUGGGUACACUGAUCCUUACACUAAGAAUACAAUCUCCUUGUUCCAAGCCUUGAAGAAAGACCUGAUAGUAAAGGAUCACGGGAUACGCCUGCUGGAAGCUCAGAUCGCCACUGGGGGCAUCAUUGACCCGAUCAACAGCCACCGUGUGCCUGUGGAGGUGGCCUACAAGCGGGGAUACUUUGAUAAAGAAAUGAGUCAGAUUCUCUCUGACCCAAGCGAUGACACCAAAGGCUUUUUUGACCCCAACACUCACGAGAAUCUCACCUACUUGCAGCUGCUGGAGAGAGGUGUAAAAGAUCCAGAAACCGGACUCUGCUUACUUAGCCUGGUUAAGAAAGGAGGACAGUAUGUUUACAAUGAUGAGCAAAUGCAGAGUGCCCUCAAAUCAGCUACAACCAGCAAGGUAGCAGGGAAGUACAAGGGCCAGACAGUUUCCAUCUGGGAACUGCUGUAUUCUGAAUACAUCUCCGAGGAGAAAAGGAGAGAGCUUCUGCAGCAGUACAAGUCGGGAAGUUUGACAAUUCAGCAGUUCACAGAGACCGUCAUUACCAUGGUUGAGCAGAGUAUUAAAACAACAACCACGACAACAACAACAAAAACAACAACCACAAAAACAGAAACCGACUCACAAUUCAAAGGUCUCAGAAGACAGGUCACAGCCAGUCAGCUAUUAGAUGCUGAAAUCAUUAAGAAGGAGCUGUUUGAUCAACUGAAUCAAGGAACAGUGACCGUUCAAGAAGUCAACAAAAUGGAAUCGGUGCAGAAGUACCUGCAAGGGACCAACAGCAUUGCAGGAGUGCUGGUGCAGUCCUCCACAGAGAAGAUGAGUAUCUACCAGGCCAUGAGGAAAGGGAUUCUGAGACCCGGCACUGCACUGGUUCUCCUGGAAGCCCAGGCCACUACUGGAUUUCUCAUUGACCCGGUGAAGAAUAAAAAGCUGUCCGUAGAACAAGCAGUGGCUGAAGGACUGGUGGGCACAGAACUGAAAGAUAAACUCUUGUCAGCAGAGAGGGCUGUCACUGGGUACACUGAUCCUUACACUAAGAAUACAAUCUCCUUGUUCCAAGCCUUGAAAAAAGACCUGAUAGUAAAGGAUCACGGGAUACGCCUGCUGGAAGCUCAGAUCGCCACUGGGGGCAUCAUUGACCCGAUCAACAGCCACCGUGUGCCUGUGGAGGUGGCCUACAAGCGGGGAUACUUUGAUAAAGAAAUGAGUCAGAUUCUCUCUGACCCAAGUGAUGACACCAAAGGCUUUUUUGACCCCAACACUCACGAGAAUCUCACCUACUUGCAGCUGCUGGAGAGAGGUGUAAAAGAUCCAGAAACCGGACUCUGCUUACUUAGCCUGGUUAAGAAAGGAGGACAGUAUGUUUACAAUGAUGAGCAAAUGCAGAGUGCCCUCAAAUCAGCUACAACCAGCAAGGUAGCAGGGAAGUACAAGGGCCAGACAGUUUCCAUCUGGGAACUGCUGUAUUCUGAAUACAUCUCCGAGGAGAAAAGGAGAGAGCUUCUGCAGCAGUACAAGUCGGGAAGUUUGACAAUUCAGCAGUUCACAGAGACCGUCAUUACCAUGGUUGAGCAGAGUAUUAAAACAACAACCACGACAACAACAACAAAAACAACAACCACAAAAACAGAAACCGACUCACAAUUCAAAGGUCUCAGAAGACAGGUCUCAGCCAGUCAGCUAUUAGAUGCUGAAAUCAUUAAGAAGGAGCUGUUUGAUCAACUGAAUCAAGGAACAGUGACCGUUCAAGAAGUCAACAAAAUGGAAUCGGUGCAGAAGUACCUGCAAGGGACCAACAGCAUUGCAGGAGUGCUGGUGCAGUCCUCCACAGAGAAGAUGAGUAUCUACCAGGCCAUGAGGAAAGGGAUUCUGAGACCCGGCACUGCACUGGUUCUCCUGGAAGCCCAGGCCGCUACUGGAUUUCUCAUUGACCCGGUGAAGAAUAAAAAGCUGUCCGUAGAACAAGCAGUGGCUGAAGGACUGGUGGGCACAGAACUGAAAGAUAAACUCUUGUCAGCAGAGAGGGCUGUCACUGGGUACACUGAUCCUUACACUAAGAAUACAAUCUCCUUGUUCCAAGCCUUGAAAAAAGACCUGAUAGUAAAGGAUCACGGGAUACGCCUGCUGGAAGCUCAGAUCGCCACUGGGGGCAUCAUUGACCCGAUCAACAGCCACCGUGUGCCUGUGGAGGUGGCCUACAAGCGGGGAUACUUUGAUAAAGAAAUGAGUCAGAUUCUCUCUGACCCAAGUGAUGACACCAAAGGCUUUUUUGACCCCAACACUCACGAGAAUCUCACCUACUUGCAGCUGCUGGAGAGAGGUGUAAAAGAUCCAGAAACCGGACUCUGCUUACUUAGCCUGGUUAAGAAAGGAGGACAGUAUGUUUACAAUGAUGAGCAAAUGCAGAGUGCCCUCAAAUCAGCUACAACCAGCAAGGUAGCAGGGAAGUACAAGGGCCAGACAGUUUCCAUCUGGGAACUGCUGUAUUCUGAAUACAUCUCCGAGGAGAAAAGGAGAGAGCUUCUGCAGCAGUACAAGUCGGGAAGUUUGACAAUUCAGCAGUUCACAGAGACCGUCAUUACCAUGGUUGAGCAGAGUAUUAAAACAACAACCACGACAACAACAACAAAAACAACAACCACAAAAACAGAAACCGACUCACAAUUCAAAGGUCUCAGAAGACAGGUCUCAGCCAGUCAGCUAUUAGAUGCUGAAAUCAUUAAGAAGGAGCUGUUUGAUCAACUGAAUCAAGGAACAGUGACCGUUCAAGAAGUCAACAAAAUGGAAUCGGUGCAGAAGUACCUGCAAGGGACCAACAGCAUUGCAGGAGUGCUGGUGCAGUCCUCCACAGAGAAGAUGAGUAUCUACCAGGCCAUGAGGAAAGGGAUUCUGAGACCCGGCACUGCACUGGUUCUCCUGGAAGCCCAGGCCGCUACUGGAUUUCUCAUUGACCCGGUGAAGAAUAAAAAGCUGUCCGUAGAACAAGCAGUGGCUGAAGGACUGGUGGGCACAGAACUGAAAGAUAAACUCUUGUCAGCAGAGAGGGCUGUCACUGGGUACACUGAUCCUUACACUAAGAAUACAAUCUCCUUGUUCCAAGCCUUGAAGAAAGACCUGAUAGUAAAGGAUCACGGGAUACGCCUGCUGGAAGCUCAGAUCGCCACUGGGGGCAUCAUUGACCCGAUCAACAGCCACCGUGUGCCUGUGGAGGUGGCCUACAAGCGGGGAUACUUUGAUAAAGAAAUGAGUCAGAUUCUCUCUGACCCAAGCGAUGACACCAAAGGCUUUUUUGACCCCAACACUCACGAGAAUCUCACCUACUUGCAGCUGCUGGAGAGAGGUGUAAAAGAUCCAGAAACCGGACUCUGCUUACUUAGCCUGGUUAAGAAAGGAGGACAGUAUGUUUACAAUGAUGAGCAAAUGCAGAGUGCCCUCAAAUCAGCUACAACCAGCAAGGUAGCAGGGAAGUACAAGGGCCAGACAGUUUCCAUCUGGGAACUGCUGUAUUCUGAAUACAUCUCCGAGGAGAAAAGGAGAGAGCUUCUGCAGCAGUACAAGUCGGGAAGUUUGACAAUUCAGCAGUUCACAGAGACCGUCAUUACCAUGGUUGAGCAGAGUAUUAAAACAACAACCACGACAACAACAACAAAAACAACAACCACAAAAACAGAAACCGACUCACAAUUCAAAGGUCUCAGAAGACAGGUCUCAGCCAGUCAGCUAUUAGAUGCUGAAAUCAUUAAGAAGGAGCUGUUUGAUCAACUGAAUCAAGGAACAGUGACCGUUCAAGAAGUCAACAAAAUGGAAUCGGUGCAGAAGUACCUGCAAGGGACCAACAGCAUUGCAGGAGUGCUGGUGCAGUCCUCCACAGAGAAGAUGAGUAUCUACCAGGCCAUGAGGAAAGGGAUUCUGAGACCCGGCACUGCACUGGUUCUCCUGGAAGCCCAGGCCGCUACUGGAUUUCUCAUUGACCCGGUGAAGAAUAAAAAGCUGUCCGUAGAACAAGCAGUGGCUGAAGGACUGGUGGGCACAGAACUGAAAGAUAAACUCUUGUCAGCAGAGAGGGCUGUCACUGGGUACACUGAUCCUUACACUAAGAAUACAAUCUCCUUGUUCCAAGCCUUGAAAAAAGACCUGAUAGUAAAGGAUCACGGGAUACGCCUGCUGGAAGCUCAGAUCGCCACUGGGGGCAUCAUUGACCCGAUCAACAGCCACCGUGUGCCUGUGGAGGUGGCCUACAAGCGGGGAUACUUUGAUAAAGAAAUGAGUCAGAUUCUCUCUGACCCAAGUGAUGACACCAAAGGCUUUUUUGACCCCAACACUCACGAGAAUCUCACCUACUUGCAGCUGCUGGAGAGAGGUGUAAAAGAUCCAGAAACCGGACUCUGCUUACUUAGCCUGGUUAAGAAAGGAGGACAGUAUGUUUACAAUGAUGAGCAAAUGCAGAGUGCCCUCAAAUCAGCUACAACCAGCAAGGUAGCAGGGAAGUACAAGGGCCAGACAGUUUCCAUCUGGGAACUGCUGUAUUCUGAAUACAUCUCCGAGGAGAAAAGGAGAGAGCUUCUGCAGCAGUACAAGUCGGGAAGUUUGACAAUUCAGCAGUUCACAGAGACCGUCAUUACCAUGGUUGAGCAGAGUAUUAAAACAACAACCACGACAACAACAACAAAAACAACAACCACAAAAACAGAAACCGACUCACAAUUCAAAGGUCUCAGAAGACAGGUCUCAGCCAGUCAGCUAUUAGAUGCUGAAAUCAUUAAGAAGGAGCUGUUUGAUCAACUGAAUCAAGGAACAGUGACCGUUCAAGAAGUCAACAAAAUGGAAUCGGUGCAGAAGUACCUGCAAGGGACCAACAGCAUUGCAGGAGUGCUGGUGCAGUCCUCCACAGAGAAGAUGAGUAUCUACCAGGCCAUGAGGAAAGGGAUUCUGAGACCCGGCACUGCACUGGUUCUCCUGGAAGCCCAGGCCGCUACUGGAUUUCUCAUUGACCCGGUGAAGAAUAAAAAGCUGUCCGUAGAACAAGCAGUGGCUGAAGGACUGGUGGGCACAGAACUGAAAGAUAAACUCUUGUCAGCAGAGAGGGCUGUCACUGGGUACACUGAUCCUUACACUAAGAAUACAAUCUCCUUGUUCCAAGCCUUGAAAAAAGACCUGAUAGUAAAGGAUCACGGGAUACGCCUGCUGGAAGCUCAGAUCGCCACUGGGGGCAUCAUUGACCCGAUCAACAGCCACCGUGUGCCUGUGGAGGUGGCCUACAAGCGGGGAUACUUUGAUAAAGAAAUGAGUCAGAUUCUCUCUGACCCAAGUGAUGACACCAAAGGCUUUUUUGACCCCAACACUCACGAGAAUCUCACCUACUUGCAGCUGCUGGAGAGAGGUGUAAAAGAUCCAGAAACCGGACUCUGCUUACUUAGCCUGGUUAAGAAAGGAGGACAGUAUGUUUACAAUGAUGAGCAAAUGCAGAGUGCCCUCAAAUCAGCUACAACCAGCAAGGUAGCAGGGAAGUACAAGGGCCAGACAGUUUCCAUCUGGGAACUGCUGUAUUCUGAAUACAUCUCCGAGGAGAAAAGGAGAGAGCUUCUGCAGCAGUACAAGUCGGGAAGUUUGACAAUUCAGCAGUUCACAGAGACCGUCAUUACCAUGGUUGAGCAGAGUAUUAAAACAACAACCACGACAACAACAACAAAAACAACAACCACAAAAACAGAAACCGACUCACAAUUCAAAGGUCUCAGAAGACAGGUCUCAGCCAGUCAGCUAUUAGAUGCUGAAAUCAUUAAGAAGGAGCUGUUUGAUCAACUGAAUCAAGGAACAGUGACCGUUCAAGAAGUCAACAAAAUGGAAUCGGUGCAGAAGUACCUGCAAGGGACCAACAGCAUUGCAGGAGUGCUGGUGCAGUCCUCCACAGAGAAGAUGAGUAUCUACCAGGCCAUGAGGAAAGGGAUUCUGAGACCCGGCACUGCACUGGUUCUCCUGGAAGCCCAGGCCGCUACUGGAUUUCUCAUUGACCCGGUGAAGAAUAAAAAGCUGUCCGUAGAACAAGCAGUGGCUGAAGGACUGGUGGGCACAGAACUGAAAGAUAAACUCUUGUCAGCAGAGAGGGCUGUCACUGGGUACACUGAUCCUUACACUAAGAAUACAAUCUCCUUGUUCCAAGCCUUGAAGAAAGACCUGAUAGUAAAGGAUCACGGGAUACGCCUGCUGGAAGCUCAGAUCGCCACUGGGGGCAUCAUUGACCCGAUCAACAGCCACCGUGUGCCUGUGGAGGUGGCCUACAAGCGGGGAUACUUUGAUAAAGAAAUGAGUCAGAUUCUCUCUGACCCAAGUGAUGACACCAAAGGCUUUUUUGACCCCAACACUCACGAGAAUCUCACCUACUUGCAGCUGCUGGAGAGAGGUGUAAAAGAUCCAGAAACCGGACUCUGCUUACUUAGCCUGGUUAAGAAAGGAGGACAGUAUGUUUACAAUGAUGAGCAAAUGCAGAGUGCCCUCAAAUCAGCUACAACCAGCAAGGUAGCAGGGAAGUACAAGGGCCAGACAGUUUCCAUCUGGGAACUGCUGUAUUCUGAAUACAUCUCCGAGGAGAAAAGGAGAGAGCUUCUGCAGCAGUACAAGUCGGGAAGUUUGACAAUUCAGCAGUUCACAGAGACCGUCAUUACCAUGGUUGAGCAGAGUAUUAAAACAACAACCACGACAACAACAACAAAAACAACAACCACAAAAACAGAAACCGACUCACAAUUCAAAGGUCUCAGAAGACAGGUCUCAGCCAGUCAGCUAUUAGAUGCUGAAAUCAUUAAGAAGGAGCUGUUUGAUCAACUGAAUCAAGGAACAGUGACCGUUCAAGAAGUCAACAAAAUGGAAUCGGUGCAGAAGUACCUGCAAGGGACCAACAGCAUUGCAGGAGUGCUGGUUCAGUCCUCCACAGAGAAGAUGAGUAUCUACCAGGCCAUGAGGAAAGGGAUUCUGAGACCCGGCACUGCACUGGUUCUCCUGGAAGCCCAGGCCGCUACUGGAUUUCUCAUUGACCCGGUGAAGAAUAAAAAGCUGUCCGUAGAACAAGCAGUGGCUGAAGGACUGGUGGGCACAGAACUGAAAGAUAAACUCUUGUCAGCAGAGAGGGCUGUCACUGGGUACACUGAUCCUUACACUAAGAAUACAAUCUCCUUGUUCCAAGCCUUGAAAAAAGACCUGAUAGUAAAGGAUCACGGGAUACGCCUGCUGGAAGCUCAGAUCGCCACUGGGGGCAUCAUUGACCCGAUCAACAGCCACCGUGUGCCUGUGGAGGUGGCCUACAAGCGGGGAUACUUUGAUAAAGAAAUGAGUCAGAUUCUCUCUGACCCAAGUGAUGACACCAAAGGCUUUUUUGACCCCAACACUCACGAGAAUCUCACCUACUUGCAGCUGCUGGAGAGAGGUGUAAAAGAUCCAGAAACCGGACUCUGCUUACUUAGCCUGGUUAAGAAAGGAGGACAGUAUGUUUACAAUGAUGAGCAAAUGCAGAGUGCCCUCAAAUCAGCUACAACCAGCAAGGUAGCAGGGAAGUACAAGGGCCAGACAGUUUCCAUCUGGGAACUGCUGUAUUCUGAAUACAUCUCCGAGGAGAAAAGGAGAGAGCUUCUGCAGCAGUACAAGUCGGGAAGUUUGACAAUUCAGCAGUUCACAGAGACCGUCAUUACCAUGGUUGAGCAGAGUAUUAAAACAACAACCACGACAACAACAACAAAAACAACAACCACAAAAACAGAAACCGACUCACAAUUCAAAGGUCUCAGAAGACAGGUCUCAGCCAGUCAGCUAUUAGAUGCUGAAAUCAUUAAGAAGGAGCUGUUUGAUCAACUGAAUCAAGGAACAGUGACCGUUCAAGAAGUCAACAAAAUGGAAUCGGUGCAGAAGUACCUGCAAGGGACCAACAGCAUUGCAGGAGUGCUGGUGCAGUCCUCCACAGAGAAGAUGAGUAUCUACCAGGCCAUGAGGAAAGGGAUUCUGAGACCCGGCACUGCACUGGUUCUCCUGGAAGCCCAGGCCGCUACUGGAUUUCUCAUUGACCCGGUGAAGAAUAAAAAGCUGUCCGUAGAACAAGCAGUGGCUGAAGGACUGGUGGGCACAGAACUGAAAGAUAAACUCUUGUCAGCAGAGAGGGCUGUCACUGGGUACACUGAUCCUUACACUAAGAAUACAAUCUCCUUGUUCCAAGCCUUGAAGAAAGACCUGAUAGUAAAGGAUCACGGGAUACGCCUGCUGGAAGCUCAGAUCGCCACUGGGGGCAUCAUUGACCCGAUCAACAGCCACCGUGUGCCUGUGGAGGUGGCCUACAAGCGGGGAUACUUUGAUAAAGAAAUGAGUCAGAUUCUCUCUGACCCAAGCGAUGACACCAAAGGCUUUUUUGACCCCAACACUCACGAGAAUCUCACCUACUUGCAGCUGCUGGAGAGAGGUGUAAAAGAUCCAGAAACCGGACUCUGCUUACUUAGCCUGGUUAAGAAAGGAGGACAGUAUGUUUACAAUGAUGAGCAAAUGCAGAGUGCCCUCAAAUCAGCUACAACCAGCAAGGUAGCAGGGAAGUACAAGGGCCAGACAGUUUCCAUCUGGGAACUGCUGUAUUCUGAAUACAUCUCCGAGGAGAAAAGGAGAGAGCUUCUGCAGCAGUACAAGUCGGGAAGUUUGACAAUUCAGCAGUUCACAGAGACCGUCAUUACCAUGGUUGAGCAGAGUAUUAAAACAACAACCACGACAACAACAACAAAAACAACAACCACAAAAACAGAAACCGACUCACAAUUCAAAGGUCUCAGAAGACAGGUCUCAGCCAGUCAGCUAUUAGAUGCUGAAAUCAUUAAGAAGGAGCUGUUUGAUCAACUGAAUCAAGGAACAGUGACCGUUCAAGAAGUCAACAAAAUGGAAUCGGUGCAGAAGUACCUGCAAGGGACCAACAGCAUUGCAGGAGUGCUGGUGCAGUCCUCCACAGAGAAGAUGAGUAUCUACCAGGCCAUGAGGAAAGGGAUUCUGAGACCCGGCACUGCACUGGUUCUCCUGGAAGCCCAGGCCGCUACUGGAUUUCUCAUUGACCCGGUGAAGAAUAAAAAGCUGUCCGUAGAACAAGCAGUGGCUGAAGGACUGGUGGGCACAGAACUGAAAGAUAAACUCUUGUCAGCAGAGAGGGCUGUCACUGGGUACACUGAUCCUUACACUAAGAAUACAAUCUCCUUGUUCCAAGCCUUGAAAAAAGACCUGAUAGUAAAGGAUCACGGGAUACGCCUGCUGGAAGCUCAGAUCGCCACUGGGGGCAUCAUUGACCCGAUCAACAGCCACCGUGUGCCUGUGGAGGUGGCCUACAAGCGGGGAUACUUUGAUAAAGAAAUGAGUCAGAUUCUCUCUGACCCAAGCGAUGACACCAAAGGCUUUUUUGACCCCAACACUCACGAGAAUCUCACCUACUUGCAGCUGCUGGAGAGAGGUGUAAAAGAUCCAGAAACCGGACUCUGCUUACUUAGCCUGGUUAAGAAAGGAGGACAGUAUGUUUACAAUGAUGAGCAAAUGCAGAGUGCCCUCAAAUCAGCUACAACCAGCAAGGUAGCAGGGAAGUACAAGGGCCAGACAGUUUCCAUCUGGGAACUGCUGUAUUCUGAAUACAUCUCCGAGGAGAAAAGGAGAGAGCUUCUGCAGCAGUACAAGUCGGGAAGUUUGACAAUUCAGCAGUUCACAGAGACCGUCAUUACCAUGGUUGAGCAGAGUAUUAAAACAACAACCACGACAACAACAACAAAAACAACAACCACAAAAACAGAAACCGACUCACAAUUCAAAGGUCUCAGAAGACAGGUCUCAGCCAGUCAGCUAUUAGAUGCUGAAAUCAUUAAGAAGGAGCUGUUUGAUCAACUGAAUCAAGGAACAGUGACCGUUCAAGAAGUCAACAAAAUGGAAUCGGUGCAGAAGUACCUGCAAGGGACCAACAGCAUUGCAGGAGUGCUGGUGCAGUCCUCCACAGAGAAGAUGAGUAUCUACCAGGCCAUGAGGAAAGGGAUUCUGAGACCCGGCACUGCACUGGUUCUCCUGGAAGCCCAGGCCGCUACUGGAUUUCUCAUUGACCCGGUGAAGAAUAAAAAGCUGUCCGUAGAACAAGCAGUGGCUGAAGGACUGGUGGGCACAGAACUGAAAGAUAAACUCUUGUCAGCAGAGAGGGCUGUCACUGGGUACACUGAUCCUUACACUAAGAAUACAAUCUCCUUGUUCCAAGCCUUGAAGAAAGACCUGAUAGUAAAGGAUCACGGGAUACGCCUGCUGGAAGCUCAGAUCGCCACUGGGGGCAUCAUUGACCCGAUCAACAGCCACCGUGUGCCUGUGGAGGUGGCCUACAAGCGGGGAUACUUUGAUAAAGAAAUGAGUCAGAUUCUCUCUGACCCAAGCGAUGACACCAAAGGCUUUUUUGACCCCAACACUCACGAGAAUCUCACCUACUUGCAGCUGCUGGAGAGAGGUGUAAAAGAUCCAGAAACCGGACUCUGCUUACUUAGCCUGGUUAAGAAAGGAGGACAGUAUGUUUACAAUGAUGAGCAAAUGCAGAGUGCCCUCAAAUCAGCUACAACCAGCAAGGUAGCAGGGAAGUACAAGGGCCAGACAGUUUCCAUCUGGGAACUGCUGUAUUCUGAAUACAUCUCCGAGGAGAAAAGGAGAGAGCUUCUGCAGCAGUACAAGUCGGGAAGUUUGACAAUUCAGCAGUUCACAGAGACCGUCAUUACCAUGGUUGAGCAGAGUAUUAAAACAACAACCACGACAACAACAACAAAAACAACAACCACAAAAACAGAAACCGACUCACAAUUCAAAGGUCUCAGAAGACAGGUCACAGCCAGUCAGCUAUUAGAUGCUGAAAUCAUUAAGAAGGAGCUGUUUGAUCAACUGAAUCAAGGAACAGUGACCGUUCAAGAAGUCAACAAAAUGGAAUCGGUGCAGAAGUACCUGCAAGGGACCAACAGCAUUGCAGGAGUGCUGGUGCAGUCCUCCACAGAGAAGAUGAGUAUCUACCAGGCCAUGAGGAAAGGGAUUCUGAGACCCGGCACUGCACUGGUUCUCCUGGAAGCCCAGGCCGCUACUGGAUUUCUCAUUGACCCGGUGAAGAAUAAAAAGCUGUCCGUAGAACAAGCAGUGGCUGAAGGACUGGUGGGCACAGAACUGAAAGAUAAACUCUUGUCAGCAGAGAGGGCUGUCACUGGGUACACUGAUCCUUACACUAAGAAUACAAUCUCCUUGUUCCAAGCCUUGAAGAAAGACCUGAUAGUAAAGGAUCACGGGAUACGCCUGCUGGAAGCUCAGAUCGCCACUGGGGGCAUCAUUGACCCGAUCAACAGCCACCGUGUGCCUGUGGAGGUGGCCUACAAGCGGGGAUACUUUGAUAAAGAAAUGAGUCAGAUUCUCUCUGACCCAAGCGAUGACACCAAAGGCUUUUUUGACCCCAACACUCACGAGAAUCUCACCUACUUGCAGCUGCUGGAGAGAGGUGUAAAAGAUCCAGAAACCGGACUCUGCUUACUUAGCCUGGUUAAGAAAGGAGGACAGUAUGUUUACAAUGAUGAGCAAAUGCAGAGUGCCCUCAAAUCAGCUACAACCAGCAAGGUAGCAGGGAAGUACAAGGGCCAGACAGUUUCCAUCUGGGAACUGCUGUAUUCUGAAUACAUCUCCGAGGAGAAAAGGAGAGAGCUUCUGCAGCAGUACAAGUCGGGAAGUUUGACAAUUCAGCAGUUCACAGAGACCGUCAUUACCAUGGUUGAGCAGAGUAUUAAAACAACAACCACGACAACAACAACAAAAACAACAACCACAAAAACAGAAACCGACUCACAAUUCAAAGGUCUCAGAAGACAGGUCACAGCCAGUCAGCUAUUAGAUGCUGAAAUCAUUAAGAAGGAGCUGUUUGAUCAACUGAAUAAAGGAACAGUGACCGUUCAAGAAGUCAACAAAAUGGAUUCGGUGCAGAAGUACCUGCAAGGGACCAACAGCAUUGCAGGAGUGCUGGUGCAGUCCUCCACAGAGAAGAUGAGUAUCUACCAGGCCAUGAGGAAAGGGAUUCUGAGACCCGGCACUGCACUGGUUCUCCUGGAAGCCCAGGCCGCUACUGGAUUUCUCAUUGACCCGGUGAAGAAUAAAAAGCUGUCCGUAGAACAAGCAGUGGCUGAAGGACUGGUGGGCACAGAACUGAAAGAUAAACUCUUGUCAGCAGAGAGGGCUGUCACUGGGUACACUGAUCCUUACACUAAGAAUACAAUCUCCUUGUUCCAAGCCUUGAAGAAAGACCUGAUAGUAAAGGAUCACGGGAUACGCCUGCUGGAAGCUCAGAUCGCCACUGGGGGCAUCAUUGACCCGAUCAACAGCCACCGUGUGCCUGUGGAGGUGGCCUACAAGCGGGGAUACUUUGAUAAAGAAAUGAGUCAGAUUCUCUCUGACCCAAGCGAUGACACCAAAGGCUUUUUUGACCCCAACACUCACGAGAAUCUCACCUACUUGCAGCUGCUGGAGAGAGGUGUAAAAGAUCCAGAAACCGGACUCUGCUUACUUAGCCUGGUUAAGAAAGGAGGACAGUAUGUUUACAAUGAUGAGCAAAUGCAGAGUGCCCUCAAAUCAGCUACAACCAGCAAGGUAGCAGGGAAGUACAAGGGCCAGACAGUUUCCAUCUGGGAACUGCUGUAUUCUGAAUACAUCUCCGAGGAGAAAAGGAGAGAGCUUCUGCAGCAGUACAAGUCGGGAAGUUUGACAAUUCAGCAGUUCACAGAGACCGUCAUUACCAUGGUUGAGCAGAGUAUUAAAACAACAACCACGACAACAACAACAAAAACAACAACCACAAAAACAGAAACCGACUCACAAUUCAAAGGUCUCAGAAGACAGGUCACAGCCAGUCAGCUAUUAGAUGCUGAAAUCAUUAAGAAGGAGCUGUUUGAUCAACUGAAUCAAGGAACAGUGACCGUUCAAGAAGUCAACAAAAUGGAUUCGGUGCAGAAGUACCUGCAAGGGACCAACAGCAUUGCAGGAGUGCUGGUGCAGUCCUCCACAGAGAAGAUGAGUAUCUACCAGGCCAUGAGGAAAGGGAUUCUGAGACCCGGCACUGCACUGGUUCUCCUGGAAGCCCAGGCCGCUACUGGAUUUCUCAUUGACCCGGUGAAGAAUAAAAAGCUGUCCGUAGAACAAGCAGUGGCUGAAGGACUGGUGGGCACAGAACUGAAAGAUAAACUCUUGUCAGCAGAGAGGGCUGUCACUGGGUACACUGAUCCUUACACUAAGAAUACAAUCUCCUUGUUCCAAGCCUUGAAGAAAGACCUGAUAGUAAAGGAUCACGGGAUACGCCUGCUGGAAGCUCAGAUCGCCACUGGGGGCAUCAUUGACCCGAUCAACAGCCACCGUGUGCCUGUGGAGGUGGCCUACAAGCGGGGAUACUUUGAUAAAGAAAUGAGUCAGAUUCUCUCUGACCCAAGUGAUGACACCAAAGGCUUUUUUGACCCCAACACUCACGAGAAUCUCACCUACUUGCAGCUGCUGGAGAGAGGUGUAAAAGAUCCAGAAACCGGACUCUGCUUACUUAGCCUGGUUAAGAAAGGAGGACAGUAUGUUUACAAUGAUGAGCAAAUGCAGAGUGCCCUCAAAUCAGCUACAACCAGCAAGGUAGCAGGGAAGUACAAGGGCCAGACAGUUUCCAUCUGGGAACUGCUGUAUUCUGAAUACAUCUCCGAGGAGAAAAGGAGAGAGCUUCUGCAGCAGUACAAGUCGGGAAGUUUGACAAUUCAGCAGUUCACAGAGACCGUCAUUACCAUGGUUGAGCAGAGUAUUAAAACAACAACCACGACAACAACAACAAAAACAACAACCACAAAAACAGAAACCGACUCACAAUUCAAAGGUCUCAGAAGACAGGUCUCAGCCAGUCAGCUAUUAGAUGCUGAAAUCAUUAAGAAGGAGCUGUUUGAUCAACUGAAUCAAGGAACAGUGACCGUUCAAGAAGUCAACAAAAUGGAAUCGGUGCAGAAGUACCUGCAAGGGACCAACAGCAUUGCAGGAGUGCUGGUGCAGUCCUCCACAGAGAAGAUGAGUAUCUACCAGGCCAUGAGGAAAGGGAUUCUGAGACCCGGCACUGCACUGGUUCUCCUGGAAGCCCAGGCCGCUACUGGAUUUCUCAUUGACCCGGUGAAGAAUAAAAAGCUGUCCGUAGAACAAGCAGUGGCUGAAGGACUGGUGGGCACAGAACUGAAAGAUAAACUCUUGUCAGCAGAGAGGGCUGUCACUGGGUACACUGAUCCUUACACUAAGAAUACAAUCUCCUUGUUCCAAGCCUUGAAGAAAGACCUGAUAGUAAAGGAUCACGGGAUACGCCUGCUGGAAGCUCAGAUCGCCACUGGGGGCAUCAUUGACCCGAUCAACAGCCACCGUGUGCCUGUGGAGGUGGCCUACAAGCGGGGAUACUUUGAUAAAGAAAUGAGUCAGAUUCUCUCUGACCCAAGCGAUGACACCAAAGGCUUUUUUGACCCCAACACUCACGAGAAUCUCACCUACUUGCAGCUGCUGGAGAGAGGUGUAAAAGAUCCAGAAACCGGACUCUGCUUACUUAGCCUGGUUAAGAAAGGAGGACAGUAUGUUUACAAUGAUGAGCAAAUGCAGAGUGCCCUCAAAUCAGCUACAACCAGCAAGGUAGCAGGGAAGUACAAGGGCCAGACAGUUUCCAUCUGGGAACUGCUGUAUUCUGAAUACAUCUCCGAGGAGAAAAGGAGAGAGCUUCUGCAGCAGUACAAGUCGGGAAGUUUGACAAUUCAGCAGUUCACAGAGACCGUCAUUACCAUGGUUGAGCAGAGUAUUAAAACAACAACCACGACAACAACAACAAAAACAACAACCACAAAAACAGAAACCGACUCACAAUUCAAAGGUCUCAGAAGACAGGUCUCAGCCAGUCAGCUAUUAGAUGCUGAAAUCAUUAAGAAGGAGCUGUUUGAUCAACUGAAUCAAGGAACAGUGACCGUUCAAGAAGUCAACAAAAUGGAAUCGGUGCAGAAGUACCUGCAAGGGACCAACAGCAUUGCAGGAGUGCUGGUGCAGUCCUCCACAGAGAAGAUGAGUAUCUACCAGGCCAUGAGGAAAGGGAUUCUGAGACCCGGCACUGCACUGGUUCUCCUGGAAGCCCAGGCCGCUACUGGAUUUCUCAUUGACCCGGUGAAGAAUAAAAAGCUGUCCGUAGAACAAGCAGUGGCUGAAGGACUGGUGGGCACAGAACUGAAAGAUAAACUCUUGUCAGCAGAGAGGGCUGUCACUGGGUACACUGAUCCUUACACUAAGAAUACAAUCUCCUUGUUCCAAGCCUUGAAAAAAGACCUGAUAGUAAAGGAUCACGGGAUACGCCUGCUGGAAGCUCAGAUCGCCACUGGGGGCAUCAUUGACCCGAUCAACAGCCACCGUGUGCCUGUGGAGGUGGCCUACAAGCGGGGAUACUUUGAUAAAGAAAUGAGUCAGAUUCUCUCUGACCCAAGUGAUGACACCAAAGGCUUUUUUGACCCCAACACUCACGAGAAUCUCACCUACUUGCAGCUGCUGGAGAGAGGUGUAAAAGAUCCAGAAACCGGACUCUGCUUACUUAGCCUGGUUAAGAAAGGAGGACAGUAUGUUUACAAUGAUGAGCAAAUGCAGAGUGCCCUCAAAUCAGCUACAACCAGCAAGGUAGCAGGGAAGUACAAGGGCCAGACAGUUUCCAUCUGGGAACUGCUGUAUUCUGAAUACAUCUCCGAGGAGAAAAGGAGAGAGCUUCUGCAGCAGUACAAGUCGGGAAGUUUGACAAUUCAGCAGUUCACAGAGACCGUCAUUACCAUGGUUGAGCAGAGUAUUAAAACAACAACCACGACAACAACAACAAAAACAACAACCACAAAAACAGAAACCGACUCACAAUUCAAAGGUCUCAGAAGACAGGUCUCAGCCAGUCAGCUAUUAGAUGCUGAAAUCAUUAAGAAGGAGCUGUUUGAUCAACUGAAUCAAGGAACAGUGACCGUUCAAGAAGUCAACAAAAUGGAAUCGGUGCAGAAGUACCUGCAAGGGACCAACAGCAUUGCAGGAGUGCUGGUGCAGUCCUCCACAGAGAAGAUGAGUAUCUACCAGGCCAUGAGGAAAGGGAUUCUGAGACCCGGCACUGCACUGGUUCUCCUGGAAGCCCAGGCCGCUACUGGAUUUCUCAUUGACCCGGUGAAGAAUAAAAAGCUGUCCGUAGAACAAGCAGUGGCUGAAGGACUGGUGGGCACAGAACUGAAAGAUAAACUCUUGUCAGCAGAGAGGGCUGUCACUGGGUACACUGAUCCUUACACUAAGAAUACAAUCUCCUUGUUCCAAGCCUUGAAGAAAGACCUGAUAGUAAAGGAUCACGGGAUACGCCUGCUGGAAGCUCAGAUCGCCACUGGGGGCAUCAUUGACCCGAUCAACAGCCACCGUGUGCCUGUGGAGGUGGCCUACAAGCGGGGAUACUUUGAUAAAGAAAUGAGUCAGAUUCUCUCUGACCCAAGCGAUGACACCAAAGGCUUUUUUGACCCCAACACUCACGAGAAUCUCACCUACUUGCAGCUGCUGGAGAGAGGUGUAAAAGAUCCAGAAACCGGACUCUGCUUACUUAGCCUGGUUAAGAAAGGAGGACAGUAUGUUUACAAUGAUGAGCAAAUGCAGAGUGCCCUCAAAUCAGCUACAACCAGCAAGGUAGCAGGGAAGUACAAGGGCCAGACAGUUUCCAUCUGGGAACUGCUGUAUUCUGAAUACAUCUCCGAGGAGAAAAGGAGAGAGCUUCUGCAGCAGUACAAGUCGGGAAGUUUGACAAUUCAGCAGUUCACAGAGACCGUCAUUACCAUGGUUGAGCAGAGUAUUAAAACAACAACCACGACAACAACAACAAAAACAACAACCACAAAAACAGAAACCGACUCACAAUUCAAAGGUCUCAGAAGACAGGUCACAGCCAGUCAGCUAUUAGAUGCUGAAAUCAUUAAGAAGGAGCUGUUUGAUCAACUGAAUCAAGGAACAGUGACCGUUCAAGAAGUCAACAAAAUGGAAUCGGUGCAGAAGUACCUGCAAGGGACCAACAGCAUUGCAGGAGUGCUGGUGCAGUCCUCCACAGAGAAGAUGAGUAUCUACCAGGCCAUGAGGAAAGGGAUUCUGAGACCCGGCACUGCACUGGUUCUCCUGGAAGCCCAGGCCGCUACUGGAUUUCUCAUUGACCCGGUGAAGAAUAAAAAGCUGUCCGUAGAACAAGCAGUGGCUGAAGGACUGGUGGGCACAGAACUGAAAGAUAAACUCUUGUCAGCAGAGAGGGCUGUCACUGGGUACACUGAUCCUUACACUAAGAAUACAAUCUCCUUGUUCCAAGCCUUGAAGAAAGACCUGAUAGUAAAGGAUCACGGGAUACGCCUGCUGGAAGCUCAGAUCGCCACUGGGGGCAUCAUUGACCCGAUCAACAGCCACCGUGUGCCUGUGGAGGUGGCCUACAAGCGGGGAUACUUUGAUAAAGAAAUGAGUCAGAUUCUCUCUGACCCAAGCGAUGACACCAAAGGCUUUUUUGACCCCAACACUCACGAGAAUCUCACCUACUUGCAGCUGCUGGAGAGAGGUGUAAAAGAUCCAGAAACCGGACUCUGCUUACUUAGCCUGGUUAAGAAAGGAGGACAGUAUGUUUACAAUGAUGAGCAAAUGCAGAGUGCCCUCAAAUCAGCUACAACCAGCAAGGUAGCAGGGAAGUACAAGGGCCAGACAGUUUCCAUCUGGGAACUGCUGUAUUCUGAAUACAUCUCCGAGGAGAAAAGGAGAGAGCUUCUGCAGCAGUACAAGUCGGGAAGUUUGACAAUUCAGCAGUUCACAGAGACCGUCAUUACCAUGGUUGAGCAGAGUAUUAAAACAACAACCACGACAACAACAACAAAAACAACAACCACAAAAACAGAAACCGACUCACAAUUCAAAGGUCUCAGAAGACAGGUCACAGCCAGUCAGCUAUUAGAUGCUGAAAUCAUUAAGAAGGAGCUGUUUGAUCAACUGAAUCAAGGAACAGUGACCGUUCAAGAAGUCAACAAAAUGGAUUCGGUGCAGAAGUACCUGCAAGGGACCAACAGCAUUGCAGGAGUGCUGGUGCAGUCCUCCACAGAGAAGAUGAGUAUCUACCAGGCCAUGAGGAAAGGGAUUCUGAGACCCGGCACUGCACUGGUUCUCAUGGAAGCCCAGGCCGCUACUGGAUUUCUCAUUGACCCGGUGAAGAAUAAAAAGCUGUCCGUAGAACAAGCAGUGGCUGAAGGACUGGUGGGCACAGAACUGAAAGAUAAACUCUUGUCAGCAGAGAGGGCUGUCACUGGGUACACUGAUCCUUACACUAAGAAUACAAUCUCCUUGUUCCAAGCCUUGAAGAAAGACCUGAUAGUAAAGGAUCACGGGAUACGCCUGCUGGAAGCUCAGAUCGCCACUGGGGGCAUCAUUGACCCGAUCAACAGCCACCGUGUGCCUGUGGAGGUGGCCUACAAGCGGGGAUACUUUGAUAAAGAAAUGAGUCAGAUUCUCUCUGACCCAAGUGAUGACACCAAAGGCUUUUUUGACCCCAACACUCACGAGAAUCUCACCUACUUGCAGCUGCUGGAGAGAGGUGUAAAAGAUCCAGAAACCGGACUCUGCUUACUUAGCCUGGUUAAGAAAGGAGGACAGUAUGUUUACAAUGAUGAGCAAAUGCAGAGUGCCCUCAAAUCAGCUACAACCAGCAAGGUAGCAGGGAAGUACAAGGGCCAGACAGUUUCCAUCUGGGAACUGCUGUAUUCUGAAUACAUCUCCGAGGAGAAAAGGAGAGAGCUUCUGCAGCAGUACAAGUCGGGAAGUUUGACAAUUCAGCAGUUCACAGAGACCGUCAUUACCAUGGUUGAGCAGAGUAUUAAAACAACAACCACGACAACAACAACAAAAACAACAACCACAAAAACAGAAACCGACUCACAAUUCAAAGGUCUCAGAAGACAGGUCACAGCCAGUCAGCUAUUAGAUGCUGAAAUCAUUAAGAAGGAGCUGUUUGAUCAACUGAAUCAAGGAACAGUGACCGUUCAAGAAGUCAACAAAAUGGAUUCGGUGCAGAAGUACCUGCAAGGGACCAACAGCAUUGCAGGAGUGCUGGUGCAGUCCUCCACAGAGAAGAUGAGUAUCUACCAGGCCAUGAGGAAAGGGAUUCUGAGACCCGGCACUGCACUGGUUCUCCUGGAAGCCCAGGCCGCUACUGGAUUUCUCAUUGACCCGGUGAAGAAUAAAAAGCUGUCCGUAGAACAAGCAGUGGCUGAAGGACUGGUGGGCACAGAACUGAAAGAUAAACUCUUGUCAGCAGAGAGGGCUGUCACUGGGUACACUGAUCCUUACACUAAGAAUACAAUCUCCUUGUUCCAAGCCUUGAAGAAAGACCUGAUAGUAAAGGAUCACGGGAUACGCCUGCUGGAAGCUCAGAUCGCCACUGGGGGCAUCAUUGACCCGAUCAACAGCCACCGUGUGCCUGUGGAGGUGGCCUACAAGCGGGGAUACUUUGAUAAAGAAAUGAGUCAGAUUCUCUCUGACCCAAGUGAUGACACCAAAGGCUUUUUUGACCCCAACACUCACGAGAAUCUCACCUACUUGCAGCUGCUGGAGAGAGGUGUAAAAGAUCCAGAAACCGGACUCUGCUUACUUAGCCUGGUUAAGAAAGGAGGACAGUAUGUUUACAAUGAUGAGCAAAUGCAGAGUGCCCUCAAGUCAGCUACAACCAGCAAGGUAGCAGGGAAGUACAAGGGCCAGACAGUUUCCAUCUGGGAACUGCUGUAUUCUGAAUACAUCUCCGAGGAGAAAAGGAGAGAGCUUCUGCAGCAGUACAAGUCGGGAAGUUUGACAAUUCAGCAGUUCACAGAGACCGUCAUUACCAUGGUUGAGCAGAGUAUUAAAACAACAACCACGACAACAACAACAAAAACAACAACCACAAAAACAGAAACCGACUCACAAUUCAAAGGUCUCAGAAGACAGGUCACAGCCAGUCAGCUAUUAGAUGCUGAAAUCAUUAAGAAGGAGCUGUUUGAUCAACUGAAUCAAGGAACAGUGACCGUUCAAGAAGUCAACAAAAUGGAUUCGGUGCAGAAGUACCUGCAAGGGACCAACAGCAUUGCAGGAGUGCUGGUGCAGUCCUCCACAGAGAAGAUGAGUAUCUACCAGGCCAUGAGGAAAGGGAUUCUGAGACCCGGCACUGCACUGGUUCUCCUGGAAGCCCAGGCCGCUACUGGAUUUCUCAUUGACCCGGUGAAGAAUAAAAAGCUGUCCGUAGAACAAGCAGUGGCUGAAGGACUGGUGGGCACAGAACUGAAAGAUAAACUCUUGUCAGCAGAGAGGGCUGUCACUGGGUACACUGAUCCUUACACUAAGAAUACAAUCUCCUUGUUCCAAGCCUUGAAGAAAGACCUGAUAGUAAAGGAUCACGGGAUACGCCUGCUGGAAGCUCAGAUCGCCACUGGGGGCAUCAUUGACCCGAUCAACAGCCACCGUGUGCCUGUGGAGGUGGCCUACAAGCGGGGAUACUUUGAUAAAGAAAUGAGUCAGAUUCUCUCUGACCCAAGCGAUGACACCAAAGGCUUUUUUGACCCCAACACUCACGAGAAUCUCACCUACUUGCAGCUACUGGAGAGAGGUGUAAAAGAUCCAGAAACCGGACUCUGCUUACUUACUUUGAAGAUAUAAAAAAUUAUAAUAAUAACUGAUGUGGAGUAGAAAUUGAAUAUGUAAUAUAAUGGGGACCAGGUUUAUUUUGAUAUUUUCAACAUUUAUGUUUUGUAUCCUAUCCUUGACUUUUCAUAGAAAAAAAAAUUAUAUAAAAAUGUAUACAAAAUUGUUCACUCCUACAUGAAACUAUUCCAGGUUAUGCUCUAAAAUUUGCAGUUUGUCUUUUUAAGAUAUCGCAACAUAUCCACAGUAAAAACUAUUUUCUAUUUGCCAUGGGGAAAUUAAUUGAUUUAAACCACAUAUUAACAUAAAAUGGGUUUAACUUUUUUGAAUGGCAAGAAAGAUGUAUUGAAUUUGACAGGUGUUUUGCUAGCUUUCUAAAAGUAUACAAUAAAUUGAACAUUUUAUUUCA